AUGGCGGCGAGGCCAGGACUCUCUCGGUGCUUCCUCCUCCUCCUCUUCCUCCUCCUGCUGCUGCUGCUGCUCGGGCCCUGCCGCGCCCCCCCUGCCGCGCCCCCCGCCGCUCCCCCCUGCGGGCUCCGCAGCAUCUCGGUGGGCGUGGGGGCGCUGGGGCUGGGGUACCCCUCCCCCGAGACCGUCGUGUUCCGUUACUGCGGUGGGGGCUGCCCCGCGCCCCCCACCCUGCACAGGCUGGCUCUGGGGGCCGUGCUGGGUCCGGGGGGUCCCGAGGGGGGUCCCUGCUGCCGCCCCACCCGCUACGAGGAUGUGGCGUUCCUGGACUCGGGGCUGCGCUGGCAGCGGCUGCCGCAGCUCUCGGCGGGGGCCUGCGCGUGCCUGGGGUGAGACCCC